AUGAAGCUGACCACCACUUGUGUGAUUCUGGCUUGUGCCUCUUUGGGUUGGAGCUGGGCCCAGCCGGCGGGUUAUCCCAGUGCACGUCCUCCUCCGACCACUUAUCUGCCCGCCAAGCCACCAGCUCCUCCUCCUCGUCCAGCGCCACCCAAGAGCUAUGGGCCUCCUCCCAAAAAUGGCAAUGGCAAGCCGCCACCAGCUCCGCCCAAGCCGAAUAAUAGCUAUGGGCCUCCUCCCAAGAAUGGCAAUGGAAAGCCGCCGCCAAGCAAUGGAUAUCUGCCCCCUGGAAAUGGUAAUGGAAAUGGAAAUGGAAAUGGAGGAUCAGGAGGAGGAGGAGGAGGCGAUGGUGGCGGCGGCGAGGUGAUUCCCAUUAUUAAACUAGAGUCCAAGGUCAACACUGAUGGCUCCUAUAAGUAUGAAUAUGAAACCGGAAACGGCAUAAAGGCCGAGGAAAUGGGUUACCUAAAGAAUGCCGGAGUCAAGGGUUCUGAGGCACAGACUGCCGAAGGUUCCUUCUCCUACACAAGUCCCGAGGGAGAUGAAAUCAUGCUGACCUACAUUGCGGAUGAGAACGGUUUCCAGCCGCAGGGCGAUCACCUGCCCACACCGCCACCCAUUCCCAUUGAGAUUCAGGAGGCGCUGGACAAGCUGGCUGCCGGAGGAGGCUGUCAUGGCUGCGAUGACAAUGAGACGGGUGGCAAUGAUGAGGAAGGAGGCGGCGGUGGCUAUAACUACCGAAAGUAA